UAAAGUGCGCCCCGGUAUCCGCCCAUAUUCGCUUAAAGGAGGCCAACCUGAGCAGCUAGGCCGGACGCUGGAUCAAAUGGAAAGUUCAAUCGAUUAAUUUGCCCACUUUUUUGCAUGUUACCGCUUGCUUCUUAUACGAGGUAGAACGACUUAAAUGCGGGCGUGUUGGUGUGAAAUAGGAAAUGCAGAGAUCGUGUGAAACGAGAGGAUUAUCAGCUUGACUUGUUUGGUCGCUACUUCGGACGCGGAACUCCACUCGCUAAAAGGUGAAUCAUGACAGAAUAUAAGCUGGUAGUCGUGGGAGCUGGUGGUGUUGGCAAGAGCGCACUUACUAUUCAGCUCAUCCAGAAUCACUUUGUGGAUGAAUAUGACCCCACCAUUGAGGACUCCUACAGAAAGCAGGUAGUGAUCGACGGAGAGACGUGUCUGCUGGACAUCCUGGACACUGCAGGUCAGGAGGAGUACAGCGCCAUGAGGGAUCAGUACAUGAGGACAGGGGAGGGCUUCCUCUGUGUCUUUGCCAUCAACAACACCAAGUCUUUUGAGGACAUUCACCACUAUAGAGAACAGAUUAAGCGGGUGAAGGACUCCGAGGACGUCCCGAUGGUGUUGGUGGGGAACAAGUGUGACCUCCCGUCCCGGACAGUGGACACCAAGCAGGCUCAGGACUUAGCACGCAGUUACGGCAUUCCCUUUAUCGAGACCUCUGCCAAAACCAGACAGGGUGUUGAUGAUGCCUUUUACACAUUAGUGCGAGAAAUCCGGAAGCAUAAGGAGAAGAUGAGCAAGGAGGGCAAAAAGAAGAAAAAGAAGUCCAAGACAAAGUGUACACUUAUGUGAAUAAUUGCCCCUUUUCAAGACAGACAAAAAAAAGAACUAUGUUGAACAGUUAAAGUAAUACAUUUUGUACAUUACACUAAAUUAUUAGCCUCUUUCUCAAUACCCAUCAUUCUGAAUACUAAACCUGACCCUUUUUUCUCCUGCCUUUCUAUUGUUUGCUACUUGGACACCAAUAAGCUUUAUUUUCAGUUUAGUGCCAGUUGCCCACAUGUGUUGGUCCAACAGCCUGUUUGAUUUUAUAGGAUGAUGAUGUUGAUUUGGAUAUUUUUUUUAUAUACCUGCAGAGCUGUGAGCUAAUUACAUCACAAGUCAUGUUUGACAAAUUAUUCUUUACCAACUUAAAGUUGUCCUCCCCCCCCGCUUUGCUUAAAAGGGCAUGACCUUCAAACGUUUUGUAAUGCUCUUUUUAAGUUUGGGAUGCCAAAGAAUUAAUUUUCUUCCUGGUUAUUGUAGACGAAACAGAUUUGAAGAAAAGACCAACAUUCAGCCAGAUGAGAUCCAAAUGUCCCAGCCACUGUAACUUCCCCAUCUUUAAUUACCUCCUAGGUAUGACUUAGUUAUGUCACUGAUAUAAGUAUGCAUGCAACCUCCUACUCUUCUCCGAAUGUUUAACACCCUAAUUGGCUAUUAAUUAAUUUGCAAUUUGUCAAUGCUUUGUACUGUGUGGGGAGUGAUUUCUUGCCUACAUGAGAUGUUUUUUUUCUUAUCUUUUUUUUUGCAUGCGUUAUGUCCUAGACGACAUGGGUAUUGCAAACUGCCUCUUUAUACAUUAAACAUAGCCAGCGAUGAGGAACUCUGAAACAAGUGGACAUCAUACGGUCUUGUUUUGCAGAUUUAUAUAAAGUACUCAUUUACUUGCUUUUUGUGAGCAUUAAAUCAGCCAUUAAUGAUUAAUGACAAAUUCAGAGAUCCAACCUGUUUUGGGAUUACAAAACGGGACUAGCAGCCAGGUUUUGUGUCGGCCAGACUAAUUUUCUUUUGCAGGGAUUCAUGCCUCGUCACAAGCUAAUAUUUAACGGCUUGUUUGACCUUACUGGUCACAUAUUUCCUGCUUUAUUUCUUUACUCUAAGGCUUUACGGCAGGAUGUUUUAUUUUGUAAUUUAUCAAGAAUAAUCAUUUCAUUGCUAUUUGUUACAAAAAAGUUAGUUCUCCUCAACAUCCUCCUGAUCGAGGUGUCUUAUAUAAACGGCAUGAGGACCAGCUGAGCUCAUUAUUCAAUGUUUGUUAGGUUUUAAAUUUGAGGAUUUGUGAUUUUACAGUAGCUGGCCAUAGAUGUGUCAUGCCUUGCAUAUUUUCCUAAGCUGUUGACUCGUUCGCUAGAAAGCAGAAUGAAUCUCUCAAACAGCUUUCAGGAAUAUUUCUCUUGGUGGAGAGUCACAGAGGUUGUUCAAAAUGUUGUCCAAAUUGAUUUUCAGAUUCUUCCUUUUUUGCAAGGCUUUUGAAAUAGUUUUUGGAUUCAUUUCUUAAAGUGUUUAAAUUGUUUGGCAGGCUGCCUUUCAACAGAAAUGAUUGUCCAGCAGAGUAAUUUGUCAUUAUCUCUCACAAAGCUUGUGUGUUGUGGUGGUGUAACUGGAACUGAUGUUUGUAAAUGAGGCAAUAAUUGCCACGACAUUGGUUUUUAGAGAAAUCGUCUGAAUUUAUAAAAAACAAAACAAAAAAGCAACCAAGUCCUAGUUUCUUUCCCAGGUCAACCCUUAAUUUCCUCACAUUAACAAGCUGUUCGCCUGAGGAUUUUUAUUUGCCUUUAUGUUGCCAUUAGGUGCUACAUUUAGACGGUAGAAAGAGCCAAGACAACAUUUACUUUGUCCUGUGUGUGUGUGUGUGUGUGUGUGUGUGUGUGUGCGUGUGUGUGUGGUUGUGUGCUCACGAAAUGCACAAAAUGCAACGUUGUUGACACAGAAAAUCCAGACAUGAUACAUGUUUCAAGAUUAAUGAAUUUUGACCCAGUUUAUUAUUACCUCCUUUUUUCAUGAAGUAGAUAAUAACUAACUGCAAUUUUAAUGAUGAAACCCUCUUGUUAACAAUACUGUUUGAAAAGUAGUUUUACUGAAAUGUUCCUCUUCCCUUUAUUGCGUGCCAACAGCUGAUUUCUGAAAUGUAUCAUUUGUACCUGGAUCAUAUUUUAACAACCUUUGUAUAGUUGUGAUACUGAAAGGUGCAUAUUUUGUAAAUUGUGCUUCAUUUCGUUGGUGUGUCUAAAUGAAUGUUGCUUUAAUGGAGUUUCACUCCGCUCUGUGUAUGUGAUUAGAGAGUGUGACUGGAUCCAGGUCUAGGGAAGUGAAUGAAUGACCACUUUACAACACACCUGUUGUGGACAGUGUAGAGUGGUGAUCUGAUCUCAAAUGAGUCUAUUUUUUGCCAUGAAUCUCACCACUCCUAUUUAAUGUGUAAUAAAGAACAAAGUAAAGAGGAA